CAUUCACAUUUCACAGAGCACUCCCACGAACAAAUGGCAUACCAAUGGCCGGAAAGUAUGCCGGCGACCCACAAAAAGGCCGUCGAGGAGCUGAUUCUUGGUCGGGAAUUCGCAUACCAAUUAUGGGAAAUGGUGAAGAACGGUCGCGGGCAUGGCUAUGUCGAUGAUCACGGACCGCCGGAGUCGUCUAUUAGUGUUGCAAAGGAUCUGGUGGCGAAGAUUUUGGGAUCUUUUUGUGAGAGUAUUUCCAUUCUUGGGUCGUUGGACCCCGCCGAGGUUUCUCCGGCUGCGCGACUGCCAUCAUCGCCGUCGCCGGACCGCCGGAAGAAGGAGGAGUACAGUGGAAGGUGCAAGACUUUAUCAGUUAAAGAUGGUAGAGGUUGUUACAAAAGAAGGAGAAAAUGUGAGACACUAAUUAAAGAUUCUCAAACAUUACUAGAUGAUGGGUAUGGGUGGAGAAAAUAUGGACAAAAAACUAUCCUUCAUUCCCUAUAUCCAAGGCAUUACUACAGGUGCACCCACAAAUUCGACCAGAAUUGCCAAGCAACCAAACAGGUGCAAAGGAUUCAGGAGAGCCCUCCCCACUACCGCACCACAUACUUAGGCAAGCAUACGUGUACAGAAUUCCUAAAAUACCCUCCGGCUAUCAACCAGCCCACCUCAUACAUGGACUCCUCAACUCUAGACUGUGUUGGACAAAACGGUCAAAGUGAGCAGGGCGAGCCUGAGGGUUUGUACGAGGCACAUAACAAUCAUCUGGAAUCGACAUUCGGAUUAGUGUCUUGCCAUACGCGGCCUACAAUGUCUUCAGGGUCGGGAUACAGAGAUUUGAUAUCUUCUGGGUGCACCUAUGAUUUGACUACGCCACAUAUCAUGGCCACGCCUGAUAUUGAUGAAUUCACUUUCGAAAAUUUGCAGGAACUGUGCUAGCCCCACCCCACCCCUCCCCACCCACAAUUUCUUUAGUCUUAGUCGGUGCCGGGUUCUCAGAGAUGGAGUGUAAUCACUAGUGGAGUCGGGACACUGGACCGGACUAGAUCGGUACAAAGAAUAUUUUUAGAAAAAAAUUUACAAGAAAUUUUUUACCUUAAAAAUUAAGUCGUUUUUAAAAUUUGGGGUGGACCAUGGCCUAGGUUGGCCAACCCCUAGCUCCGCCCAUGGGUGUAAUUUUUUUCGUGUUAUAAGUUAUAUAGAUGUAUACUAUUGAUCGUAUAACUUUGAUGACUUCCAUAAUUUUGCAACAAUUUUGUCCACAUUACUCGUUUUUCAUCGGAACGGGCUGUUUCCGGUGUAAAACCAUUCAAUGUGAGCAAACUCAUUAAUUAUAGGGC